AUGCGUUUUUAUAUCCUUUUGGCCUUGUGCCUUUCAUUUUGCCAAAUUCAGGCGACCCCUACUUUUGGAUUUUUCAAUCCUAUUGCCGCUCUUCAAGCAGAUAUCCUUAAAAUAAUGAAUGAGGUCGAAUGCUUGCUUAGCACAAAAUCUUCUUUUAUCCCCUCGAUUCUUACCCAUGGCAAUCCCAAAGCCGUUACAUCAAACAAGUGUUCACCAACCAAAGCAACGGCCACUAGUGCUGCAGUCAAAACUUCCGUCUCUUCUCUCCAAUCGGUAGCUCUAUCCAAAUGGAGUUCGCUUCAAAGUUUAUUGUCGACAACCACUACACUUCCUCCCAUACUUACCACGAGUGUCACUGCCUCAACGGCUAAAACCGCUUCGAGCACUUCAGGUGUAGUUUCAACUUCGACAACUGCAAAGGCUACAUCCUCAGCUGCAACACCAAGUUCCACAACAGCCCAAGGACCUUCGAUCACUAGCCAAGUUACUUCUUCAGCAGUAUCUUCUGCAACAGUGUCAUCCUCAACCAGCAAGACUGUAAGCUCGAGUAUCACGGUAGGAACUCCAUGUGCAGGUAAUACCGCCGCCGAUAGAUCAAAGUGGUGCGACUAUUCUACCAGCACCGACUACUACAAUGAGGUGCCAAAUACCGGGGUAACUCGCGAGUAUUGGCUCAAUAUUCAAGAUGGUGUCGCUUCACCUGAUGGAAUAUCAAGAUAUGUUCAGACGGUUAAUGGAAGCAUCCCAGGUCCAACUAUUAUUGCUGAUUGGGGUGAUAAUGUCGUGGUACAUGUAACCAACAAUCUAUCUGUCAAUGGUUCAACUAUUCAUUUCCAUGGUAUGCGUCAAAAUUAUACCAAUCAAAAUGACGGAGUGCCUUCAAUUACACAAUGUCCUAUCGCUUUUGGAGCUACUUAUACCUAUAAAUGGAGAGCUACUCAAUAUGGUUCAUCAUGGUAUCAUUCUCACGUGGGACUACAAGCGUGGGAAGGUGUAGCUGGUGGUAUCAUUAUCAAUGGACCUUCCACAGCCAACUAUGACGUUGACAAGGGAACGGUUAUGCUUACUGAUUGGGGUCACACUACCGUUGAUGAGCAAUAUCAAUAUGCUCAGACUGCUGGUCCACCGGUCAUGGAUACAGGUCUUAUAAAUGGUACGAAUGUUUUUGGAGAAGACGGUGCUAGUAACCAGACCGGUUCGCGUUUCUCAACUAGUGUUACAGCAGGCACUUCAUAUCGAUUCCGUCUUGUGAAUAGUGCUAUCGAUACUCACUUUAAGUUCUCGGUUGAUAAUCACAUUUUAACGGUUAUGGCAAAUGAUCUUGUUCCUAUCGUACCUUACCAAACUCAGGUUCUCAACAUUGCUAUCGGCCAACGCUACGAUGUCAUCGUAACCGCAAACCAAGCUUCCGUCGCCUCUGAUUUCUGGAUUCGAGCUAUUCCCCAAGCAUCCUGUUCGGAGAACAACAACCCAAGUAACAUCAAAGGAAUUCUUCACUACGGCAGUUCAACCGGUCUCCCCAAAACCACCGGCUACAACUUCACCGAUGAAUGCGUCGACGAACCCCCCACAUCACUAAUCCCCUUCGUCCCAAAAACCGUAUCCAGCUCCUCCAAAUCCGCCGACGAAGCCGUAACCAUCGCGCAAAACUCCAACAAACUCUUCAAAUGGUACCUCAACAACUCAACCUUCCUAACCGAAUGGGAAGACCCAACUCUCCUCAUGGUCCAAAAAGAAAUCACCACCUUCAGCAGCACCAACAAUCUCAUCCAACUCCCCAACGCACACGAAUGGAUCUACCUAAUAAUCCACUCGCGCAUACCCGUCCCCCAUCCCAUCCACCUCCACGGCCACGAUAUCUACAUCCUCUCUCAACAAUCUUCGCCGUAUGAUGCUAGUACCGCAGUAGCGACAUAUAAUCUUAAUAAUCCGCCUCGAAGAGACGUGGCUAAUUUACCCGCUGGGGGGUAUUUGGUCUUGGCUUUUGAGACGGAUAAUCCCGGGGCGUGGUUGGCGCAUUGUCAUAUUGGGUGGCAUGCUAGUCAGGGGUUUGCGAUGCAGUUUUUGGAGAGGGCGAGUGAGAUUCCGGGGAUUUUGGAUCCUGCGUCGUUGCAGGGGACUUGUGAUCAGUGGAAUGGUAAUCCGGUUCAUCAGGAGGAUUCGGGGAUUUAG